AAAUGCAGCCAAAUUCCUGAUGAAACAACGUGACACUAAGAAUAGCACAGGCCUGAAGGGUUGGCCUGAUGACGUGGAGACUUAUCAACCUGUUUACACUUGUGAGGGUGAAGAAUGUGGAGCAACACUCUACAGGUUGUUCUAUAAUUAAACCACAAGGAAGAGCUUAAGGUUUUGUGUGUGCCACACCGCACAUCUAAAAGGGAUAUUGUGCUGAAAGGUAGACUUCGGGAAGAAAUGUGUCUGCACGGUGGUGAUUCUGGUUACUCAGUCAGUGGACAGGAAGCUGGGAUCCAGUUGGAACUUAUAAACUUAAUGUAGGAGUGAUUCUUCCAAGGACUGAGCUGCACGCCCUGCAAUUUACACAAAUGAUCAUCCACUGUUGAUGUGAUUCAUUUUGACAAUGAAUGGAUUCCUUAAGAAGUCGCACUCUAAGGACACAAAGAAAACACAGGAAACAUAUGAAACCAGCCUGUUGGGAGACUCUCUUGAGACGGUCCUUUCCAAGAAAAGUGGAAGAGAGGCGUUUCGGGAUUUUCUGAGGUCGGAGUUCUGCGAAGAAAAUCUGGAUUUCUGGCUCGCCUGUAAAGAUUAUCAGACAUGUCAGAGUCAAGAGGAGCGGUCACAAAUAGCAGCGAGUAUUUAUGAAGAGUUUAUAAGGGAUGGGUCCCCCAAACAGGUAAAUCUAGAUUUCGAUACAAGAAAAACGAUCGGACAGUGUCUGGAACAGCCAGGGCCAUCCUGCUUCACUGUGGCAGAGAAGAAAAUCUACCUCAUGAUGGAGAGCUGCUCCUUUCUACGCUUUACUGACACUGAGCCCUACAAACUCUUUAUUAACUCGGUUUCUAAACAGAGAGGCCUUAAGAGAAACCGUAUGGCUGUGAGAAUGAAGAACCCCGUGGAUGAUCUCAGAGUCAACCCACUGCUGCUGGUGAGCACGGACUGACUCCACGUGUGCCGUUGAUGGUUGGAAAUGUUGCCCAGAGAGACAGACAAAGACUGCGGGCCAAAGGGCUGCGCUGGCACUUCCUCAUCCCACAAAGCAUCUCAGCAGAUCUCUGUGAGACACGACAGAGAGCUGUGCAAAGGAAGCGGACACCAGUCGUCAGCAGAAGUAAAGUGCAGCUUCUGGCAGGGACAGUCUGCACAAGCGACUCAUAAUAGAAUGUAUUUUUAUUUAUUUUUUGUACUUUGUGAGUUUGGACUUUAACAGCAUUUGUUAAGCUAUGAAAUCCUCUUGUCCUGUAGGCAUCACGAAGCGAAGGGGUUAUUUCAAAAUAAAUCACGUGAUUUUACAGCAACGGCAGCAUGGAGGAAACAAAAGCGCAUCCUUCUCGCUGGUGCGCUACUGCCACCCAGUGGAUGUU